AUGCUCACUGUUUCCAACUGGAAAACUUUCAUUGAAUUGAUUCAAUUUGGCGGUGGAGCCAUCGGUGUAUUUUUAAAUUUUUCUCUAAUUCUCCUCACAUACUUUCGCUCUCCUCCACAUCUUGGUGCUUAUAAGUACCUAAUGUACUAUAUCUCGGGGUUCGAAAUCCUUUAUGCAAUCCUGAAUGCAAUAGUACAGGGUCAUCUUUUCUCCCAUGGCCCCGCAUUUAUCUUUUUUCGAAAUUUAAAACAUUCCUAUUUCGGAAGAGCGAAAGGGUUUUAUCUUCUAGUUGCCUAUUGUGGCUCUUUUGGUUUAUCCAUCGCUUUGUUCGGUGUACACUUUAUAUAUCGAUAUGGAGCUGUGGAUAAUGUGUUUCGAAAAAAGUUUUUGGGUGGGAAGAAAUUGCUAAUGUUAUUUUUGCUGCCUAUUUUCUAUUGUGUUUGGUGGUGCUUGGUGGUUAUCAUAUGCUAUCGAUCAAGUUCCAAAUCUGAUGAUUUUAUGAGAAUUCCUUUUCUUGAAAACUACGACACCAGAGUAGAGGAGAUCUCCUACGUCAUGAUCUGGUUUCAUAUCGCCAACGACGAAGGAAUCCUGGAACCAAGAUGGCCCACUUUCAUCGGUAUUGCUAAUCUAUGGUUCAUGGUGACUUCCUCGUUUGUCUGCGUCAUUUUCUUUGGAAUCAAGUGUUAUAGAAAAAUCACAAAGGCGUUGAAGCAUUCGAAAAUGUCGAGUUACUACGCCAGAUCAAUUCAGAAGCAGCUGUUUCAAGCAUUAGUACUACAGACACUUGUCCCAGUGGUUCUAAUGUACGGUCCUGUUGGAAUCUUAUACAUGUUCCCAAUGCUCAAUAUCGAAGUUGGAUUUAUCAGUACCUUUGUGACAGCUACUGUUGAAGUGUACCCUGCUGUGGACCCAUUACCAACUAUGUUCAUUGUCGACAAUUUCAGAAAAACCAUAUUGUGUAAGAAUAAGAGAAAAAUAGAGGAUCUUGUAAAAUCCGGAGAUCAAUCUCAAAAUAGUUUAAGUAAAAGUUUCAGGUGGCUGCCGGAGCCCAAGCAAGAAGGUGGAAGUUCCAGAAUUGCAGAAUCGGGACAAAGCUGUUUCUUAUUGUUAGCUACCUGUAUCUCCGUCAUCCCUACAGUAACCAGCUGA